UGUGAGUGUAUUCAUGCAGAGGAGCCUGUGCGGCUGCAGCAGGACCUCCUCCUCUUCACCCUCACUGUGUGCGCAGUGUUGCUGCAGCCUGGAGCCAAGCACAGCUGCCCGGUAACAUCACUGACUCUACCGAUAAACACCAACCCGCAAGCCCGCUGAAUAAGCCAGAAAGCGAGCUGGUGAAAUUGAAUUAAGCCAAAGCGUAUCUGUUCCCUCUCUAUUUUGGUUCUGACCAAGUGGGUAUUGUUCUACAAAUGGAUAAUGGAGACUGGGGCCAUAGGAUGAGUACUCCUGUUACCUUGAACGUGGGAGGCCACUUGUACACCACCAGUUUAUCCACCCUGCAGCGCUACCCAGACUCCAUGCUGGGUGCCAUGUUCCGUGGAGAUUUUCCCACAACCCGCGAUUCCAAAGGGAAUUAUUUCAUCGAUCGCGAUGGGACACUUUUCCGGUACAUCCUGAACUUCCUGCGGACAUCUGAGCUUACCCUCCCAUUGGACUUCACAGAGACAGACCUCCUGAGGAAAGAGGCGGACUUCUACCAGAUCGAACCUUUAAUCCUGUGCCUUAACGAUCCCAAGCCGCUGUACCCUCCCGACAUCUUUGAGCAGGUCGUGGAGCUCUCCAGCACUCGGAAACUGUCCAAAUAUUCAAACCCGGUCGCUGUUAUCAUCACACAGUUAACCAUCACCACAAAGGUUCACGGUCUGCUGGAAGGUAUUUCCAACAACUUCACCAAGUGGAACAAACACAUGAUGGACACCAGAGACUGCCAGGUGUCUUUCACCUUCGGACCAUGUGACUAUCACCAAGAGGUGGCCCUAAGGGUUCACCUCAUGGACUACAUCAUGAAACAAGGCUUCACCAUCCGCAACACCCGUGUGCAUCACAUGAGUGAGCGUGCAAACGAGAACACGGUGGAGCAUCACUGGACUUUCUGUAGACCAGCUCACAAAGUUGAAGACUGAGUUACAGCAGUGUCGUCAUGGGGGACAUUACUGUUUGAUUUGUCUUCAUAUUACACAAGUCCUGAUCAAAAAGACAACAAAUGUUAACCUGUUUCAGUAAUGUAUCACUAAUAAUGAUUUUUGUUUUCUUAUUUUGAUAAAUGUGGUACAGUGGCACAAGGCUCAAAGUCCAGACAAAUGGCAUAAAAACAAUGAAUGAAUGUGAAUUAUUGAUCUAUUCGCCUGUUUCGAGUUUAAGAACUCUUUGUCUGCUUAUUUGAGAUUUCUUGAAAAAUGAAUACUUCAUUGAGGUUAAGGUCUCCAAUACAAAAAUGGCAAUUCUCUUGAAGCUGAAAGACCCUACAGCAAUGAUUUUAUUACGAUUUUAUUUAUUUAGGGACACAAUUAUACCCCAACGAUGCUAAAAAUGUGGGCACAUUGAUUUUUAUUGGAAUAAUUGUGAUUUAAUGUGGUUCCAAUACCUGCAUCUAUUUAUUCUAAAGUCAGUGAUGAAGUGAUUGUAAAACAGGUAGCCAUGAUUUAAGACUCUAUGCCUAAAUACACUAUCAAAUCUAUGUCUUAAUAUGCAUUUAGGUCACAAUUUCAGGGGGAAAGAGUUGAUUGUAAAAAGUUUGUACCACAUACUCAAGCUGUCUUGGUCAUGUUUUGGACUACAGACACUGAACCAUUUUUGAUCCGGAGUUGUCAGGAGUGAACCUUUUUUAAUAAUAAUAAAUUAUGAUUAUUUAGCCCAAUUUAUAGUAGAUCUUAAACUAGUCUCUUAGCUCUCUUAUCUCCUUGUAUGGUACUAUUUCUGAAGACCCUAGUCGUUGUUGCAUGUGUCUGAUUGUCUUGUGUUUGUAUAUGUAUUUGUGCGCUUUGCAGUAUUAUGUCAUACUGUUACAGUUUAGAGCUCAUAUCAACAGUGAUGUGUCAUUCCAGCCAAAAUAAACCCAUUUGUGUAUUUGUCA